AAAUAUUCAUAUUCAUAUGAAAUAAAUACUAACAAAAAAGCCAAAGUCAACUUCAAAGGAAAAGUAUGACCGGCAACUGUUGGCCAAAACUCUUUAAUGCUUUGAAAAAAGCCUGUAACCUAAUCUCCGUCGCCACCCUCACCACCGCCGCGAAUUCCUCAAGAAUUUCCUCCAUGGACGAUAUUCAUAAAACCCUAAAAACUAGCGUGUGUAUAAUCGGGAGUGGCCCCGCAGCUCACACAGCUGCCAUUUACGCAGCGCGUGCCGAGCUGAAGCCGAUCCUCUUCGAAGGAUGGAUGGCUAACGACAUAGCUCCCGGAGGUCAGCUUACGACCACCACAGAUGUUGAGAAUUUUCCGGGUUUCCCCGAAGGUAUUGGUGGCGGUGAGCUUAUGGAACGUUGUCGUGCCCAGUCUGUUCGUUUUGGGACACAAAUUUAUACUGAAACUGUGACUAAAGUUGAUUUUUCUAAUAGUCCUUUUAAAGUUGUUUCUGAUGAUAGGACUGUAUUAGCUGACGCCGUUAUUCUUGCUACUGGUGCCGUGGCUAAGAGGCUUGAAUUCCCCGGCUCCGGCAAUGAUGGCUUCUGGAAUAAGGGGAUAUCUGCUUGCGCCGUUUGUGAUGGCGCUGCUCCGAUAUUCCGUAAUAAACCAUUGGCUGUGAUUGGUGGUGGAGACUCUGCUAUGGAAGAAGCUAAUUUUUUAACUAAAUAUGGUUCCAAAGUUUAUAUUAUUCAUAGGAGGGAUGAAUUUAGGGCAUCAAAGAUAAUGCAAAAUAGGGCAUUGAGUAACCCUAAAAUAGAGGUGAUUUGGAACUCUACUGUAGUGGAGGCUUAUGGGGAGAAGCUUUUGGGUGGUUUGAAGGUGAAAAAUAUUGUUACAGGGGAGGUUUCAAAUUUGAAUGUUUCAGGCUUGUUUUUCGCCAUUGGGCACGAACCAGCUACCAAGUUCUUGGAUAAGCAAUUAGAGUUGGAUUCUGAUGGAUAUGUUGUAACUAAGCCGGGGACGACACUGACAAGUGUCAGGGGCGUUUUCGCUGCUGGUGAUGUGCAGGAUAAGAAGUAUAGGCAAGCUAUUACUGCUGCUGGCUCAGGGUGCAUGGCAGCUUUGGAUGCUGAACAUUACUUGCAAGAAAUCAGUGCCCAAGAGGGAAUGAGUGAUUGAUAGCUUUGUGUUCCUUUGAAGUGGCUUUGGUACUGGAGUUGCAAAAGGUCUGGAUUGCAUUGAUAUCUAUGUAUUAAGAAUUUGUUUCCUGACUAAUAUUUAUGAUUGAAAAGAAUAUUAUAUUUUUAUUAAAUGAUUAUUUGAGCCAUGGUUUGUCCCUUGUUAAACAAAUGAAUUAAUUUGAUAUAGUUACCAUCAAGCUUGUUGCAA